AUGUCCAUCUUUUCUCGCCUUCGCCGCUCAUUAUCAUCACCAUCCCAAGCGGACGAUGGUGCCGGCGCCGGCAUCUCCAUUGAUUAUGCUUUGAAUAUCCGCGGUGAAAGCCCAGCCAAGCUAACUCUGCAACGCGUAUUCGAACAGAGCCGUCAAGUGGUCCGGAACAACAAGGAUGCCACCACGCCACCCGAGGCACCAGCCAGGCCGACUACAAAAGGACGGCCGAGGCUUCUUCUUAUGGGGCAAAGGAGGAGCGGCAAGUCUUCCAUAUCGAGUGUCGUCUUUCACAAGCUGCCGCCCAAUGAGACCCUAUUUCUCGAGUCGACGGCCCGGAUACAGAAAGAUUCCAUGGCUUCGUUCAUGGACUUUCAAGUAUGGGACUUCCCCGGCCAGAUCGACAUCUUUGAGAACCCCAACUAUGACAUGGACGCCAUCUUUGGGGAAAUCGGCGCCCUUAUCUGGGUCAUCGAUGCCCAGGACGACUACCUCGAGGCCGUGACGCGCCUCAACACAACCAUCCUUCACCUGCAGCGCUCCUAUCCGAACAUCAACAUCGAGGUCUUCAUCCACAAGGUCGACGGCCUCUCGGACGACUACAAGCUAGACAUCCAACGCGACAUCACCAUCCGGAUCCAGGACGAACUCUCGGACCACGGCUUCGAGAACGCGCCCGUCACCUUCCACCUCACGUCCAUCUACAACCACUCCAUCUUCGAGGCCUUCUCCAAGGUCAUCCAGAAGCUCAUCCCCCAGCUCGGCACCCUCGAGGCCAUGCUCACCAACCUCUGCCGCACAUGCCGCUUCGAGAAGGCCUACCUCUUCGACGUCCUCUCCAAGAUCUACAUCGCCACCGACUCGGCCGCCGCCGACAUGGCCUCCUACGAGAUCUGCUCCGACUACAUCGACGUCAUCAUCGACAUCACCGAGGUCUACGGCUCCUGGCCCCGCUCCGACGCCCAGCGCCGCCGCAUCGAGGGGGAGCCCUGGAACGCCAAGGUCGACGACCAGGUCGCCUGCCCCUGGGCCGAGAGCUGCAUGGUCCUCCACGACGCCGGCCGGCCCAUCAUGCUGCGCGAGGUCGACCGCUACCUCGCCCUCGUCGCCAUCAUGAAGGAGGACUCGUACGACCGCAUGCCCCUCGUGAACAUGAACGUCGAGGCUGUCGUGCAGGGGUUGACCGAAUUCUUCGACAUUACCAAACCCAGGAAGUGA